AUGGAGAGCUUGGAGGAUUGCAUUUGGGGCAGAUCUAAUUGGAAUGCAUAUACGGAGGAGCUGGUUGGAGCAAUUAGAGUCGAUGAAGGAGUUCUUUUGGAAAGAAUUAAUAUUGUUAGAGAAAGUAUUGGUCGACAGAUUCGGGAGGCGGUUGAACAACAUCAUCCUCGUUUGGUAGAACAGGCAAGUGCUCUGCAAAAUUUGGAUCGCGUGCAAGCAACUAUCAACCGUGAAAUGUCUCAUCUGUACAAGGGAUGUAAUGAAUUGGGUGAAAGAUUUCAGUUUGAAUACGAAAAAUUAUGUCAUAUGACAAAUAGACUUGAACAACUGUAUGCAUUAAGGCGAACUUUGGCGUCAGCUAACAGAUGCGAACAGCUAGUUGGGAAACUCGGAAGUACAACUGAAUUGGUAAAACGAUCAGAGAUAAUUUGUGAAUUGGAAGCAAUCAUAACUGAGAUGCCAUCUUUGAAAGAUUUGAACAGUACUCGUGAAAUUGUCUUGGUUUCGAUACCGAAACUGACUGCUGAAGCGAAACAGAAUACAGCCAGUCAUUUAAGAUCUUCGCUUGAAAGUCUCAGUGCACCACUUGUUUCUUCUUGUGUUCGUGCACUGAAGAAUCUAUCGUCAUAUGAAUUUGAGAUCAGUCGCCUUUUAGAAGAAAAUGCCAAACGCUUAGAUGGUCAAUUUUUGCAGCUCAAUAGUAGCACUGUAAUAGCGGGAAAACUUCUUCCUCAGAUAGCAAAUCAAAUUCAACUGUCACUGAAGCAAUAUUCUUUGUUAAGCAUGGAAAUUAUCGCAGAAUUCUCUGAAAAGCUAGCAAAAAUUAUUUCAAGACGUAUUUCUGAAAAUGCUCCUUAUGCUACUCGUUUUGUACAACUUCUCUCCAAAGUCGUAUCUAUCUAUCCCGCUAAAGUUGUGCAGUCCUUGGAUCAAAGUUUGCGGCCUCUGCGCAGAGCGAUAUUGUCUCAUUCUCUUGGCAGAAUGUUUAAGGCAGUUGACAACGCUUUUGAAGAAAAUAAUCUGACAAAUUUUUCUGUGGAGAAAAUUGAUUCGACAAUUAAGGAGGAGCUGGGAGGUGUGGAAUGGGAUGAUCAACUGAGUAGAGAAAUGAAGAUUAAUGUGGCAAAAGUGCUUCAGUUGAUUGCACAGAAAAUUGAGCAACAUCUUGUCUUGGACUCACCUACACUUCAAAUGAGUGAGCGCCUCAGCACUGCUCAGGUACAAAAUUAUGCGUUAGUCUCCGUAGCGCAUAUGCUAAGUUUAUCCUGGCCAGAGUACAAUGAACCUCUGAUACGAAUCUCUCAGCAAGUUCGAGAAGCACUUAUGGAAGUGGCACGUUCAUCUGUUUUCACAAUUUUGUUAUCAAUGCACUAUGAGAACUUGGGUGACCCAUCUCCAUAUGUAAAAGAACUUUGCAAUUAUCUUCGCAUUUUGCAUUCCCACUCAUCUUUUCUGAAGUUUGCUGGUUUUGAGGAAGUCUUCAAUUCAUUCCUAGAUUAUGUUAUUGAGUUAUUUUUAAUGAAUUCAUCACUUGUGCGACCUCUUUCUUCAGAUGAGCUCUCACAUUUGUCUUUUGAUUUACAGUACAUUGUCCAUCAUGGACUUUCGUUAUACAAUGUACAGUCUUCUCUUAUGCCUUUUGUAUCCCAAUUUAUUGACGCUUUCAAGCUGUCCGCAGAGCACCUAGCGCGGUCGGAAUCGCUGCCUUUUUGGUUUGUUGUACAAUUGUUGAUAAGUACGAGUGAGGAAAUGCUGUUGUCCCCACAUAUAUCAGCUGGCUGGUCACUGGAAGAAUAUUUAAAAUGGUGUUUAAGCCAUGGCACAGCAGACCGUUUGGAUUUCUUGUCAUCUCUUAUGCAUUCCUAUACUUCAUCUGUUAUUUUAUCUAGUCGUACCGAGUAUGUCACUAAUUACCCUCUAAUCAUGAACGUUUUACAAAAGAUUGCCUCCAAGAGCUGA